AUUGUUUCCCCCUCACUCAAUUGAAUCAUUUUCAACAUACAGAUACCUAUAAAAGAUACCAAACGUCGAAGGAGAGGUCAGAAAUCUCUUCGUCUCUUUGGAGAUAAGUUCUUCUUUUUGGCAGCGAUUCACAGCAACGUGCAACGAUCGAGAAUAAAAGAAGGUCCAUUCGAGUCUUCUACAGCAAGAUGUCUACUCAGUCUGAAAGUGUCAACGGUCCUAAGACGCGAGAGUCCGCGAUUGAAAAUGAAGUACCAUAUUCUGAAAGUGAUAUUGCUAUUACGGGAAUAUCAGGUCGUUUGCCCGAGUCAUCUACUAUCGAAGAGUUUAAGGAGAAUCUCAUGAAAGGAAUAGACAUGGUCACCGAUGACGAGCGCCGUUGGCCAACGGGUCUUUACGGGCUACCAGCAAGAUUUGCCAAAAUAAAGGAUCUCAGCAGCUUUGAUGCCACUUUUUUUGGAGUUCAUUGUAAACAAGCAAAUGUUAUGGAUCCGCAGCUUCGUUUAAUGCUCGAAGCAACAUACGAAUCUAUAAUUGAUGCUGGUAUCAAUCCUACAACCGUGAGAGGAUCGCGUACCGGUGUAUUUGUAGGAAUAUGUAACUCGGAAUCGGAAGAAUUUGGGAUGAGGGACCCAGAGGCCAUAAAUGGUUUGUAU